AUGGGUCAACCUCUCCCCAACCCCACUACCCUCCUCUUCUCCAAGCCAUGCACCUUCCUUUUCAUCCUCAUCAUCUGCAUUCUUGGCUUCUACACUCUACAUUACCCCCACGCUUCACCUUCCCAUUCAAAUCCCCAAACUGCCCUCCGUUUCCGCCGUAAUUUCCUCUCCUCUGCCACCAACUCCACCGUCGCCGCCUACCUGAGAGCACUCACCCAACACCCCCACCUCGCCGGCACCAAACCCUCACUCGACACCAUCCACUAUGUCCAGUCCCACUUCUCGGGCCUGGGCCUCCAGACCCACACGGCCCACUACGACGCCCUCCUCUCCUACCCCCUCCGCUCCUCUCUCUCCGCGCAUUUUAGCAACGGCAGCCAUGUCGACAUCCCGCUUUCCGAGCCGGGUUUUUCGGACGACGGCGUCGUCCAACCCUACCACGCCUACUCACCUUCGGGCUCGGCGCACGCUAAGGUUGUGUUCGUGAACUACGGCGGCGGCGAGGACUAUCGUGCGCUGGAGGCGCUGGGGGUGAACGUCAGCGGCUGCGUGGUGAUCGCCAGAAGAGGCGGCGAGUUGCCGAGAAGCGAGGCGGUUAGAAACGCCGAGAAACGCGGCGCGGUGGCCGUACUGUUGUACACCGAGGGGGAUAGGAGGUUUAACAAGGGUUUUGAGAGAGGGUUUGUGAUGAAUGGGGUGGGGGACCCACUGAGCCCCGGGUGGGGCGGAGUUGACGGAGCUGAGAGGUUGGAUUUGGACGACCCUGAGGUUUUGAAGAGGUUUCCCAAUAUUCCAUCGUUGCCCUUGUCCGCCGAGGCCGCCGGAACCAUUUUGGGCAGCCUUGGAGGGGCUCCGGCCCCGCCGGGGUGGCGGGCCGGAGUCGAGCGUGUCGGGCCGGGGCCGACUGUGGUGAACUUCACGUACGAGGGGGAGAAAAAGAUGGUGACAAUUCAGAAUGUUUUUGCGGUCAUAAAGGGGUUGGAAGAGCCUGACCGCUAUGUGCUUCUUGGCAACCAUAGAGAUGCAUGGACAUAUGGGGCUGUUGACCCUAACAGUGGAACUGCAGCGUUACUUGACAUUGCUCGUCGAUAUGCUCUUCUUAUUCAUUCAGGUUGGAAGCCUAGGAGGACAAUUAUCCUUUGUAGUUGGGAUGCAGAGGAAUUUGGAAUAGUAGGAUCUACCGAGUGGGUUGAACAAAACCUUGUUAAUCUCGGCUCCAAAGCUGUUGCAUACCUUAAUGUAGAUUGUGCAGCUCAAGGGCCAGGAUUCUUUGUUGGGGCGACUCCUCAGCUGGACAAUCUCAUUCUUGAGGUGACAAAAAAGGUCAAAGAUCCUGACUUGGAGAGUUCCACUGUAUACGAGAACUGGCUAGCCACAAAUAGUGUCAUUGAUAUUCAAAGACUUAGCGGAGUUGAUUCAGAUUUUGCUCCAUUUGUACAACAUGCGGGGGUUCCUUCCAUUGACAUCUACUAUGGAAGAGAUUUUCCUGUUUAUCACACUGCUUUUGACUCGUAUGACUGGAUGACAAAGUUUGGAGAUCCUUUGUUUCAUCGUCAUGUGGCUGUUGCUGGAAUAUGGGGUCUUAUAGCCCUCCACCUGGCUGAUGAUUCAAUCCUCCCUUUCAAUUACUUUUCCUAUGUGGAUCAGUUAAAGCAUUACAAAGAUGUUUUGAGCCACUUGUUGGAUGGGAGUACAUCUCUAGAUCCUCUCACAACAGCAAUUGAGGAAUUUGCGAAUGCAGCCAGAGAAGCUGAAAAUGAAGCACAGAAGCUGAGAGAGGAAGAGGGCUCAAGUGAAUUUGUAAUGCUGAAGAAGAGGGCUUUGAAUGAUCGGCUGAUGCUUGCUGAAAGAGGCUUCCUGGAUUCUGACGGUCUUGAAGGAAGACAGUGGUUCAAGCAUCUUGUUUAUGGUCCUCCUACUGAUCACGGAAGCAAACUCUUUGUCUUUCCUGGAGUAGCAGAUGCCAUGAAUCAGGCUAAGAGCAUGAAAGCAGGACGGGGGCAAGCAAAACUUCGACAUGAGAUUUGGAGAGUUGCCAGAGCCAUUCAGAGGGCUGCCAGAUCCUUGAAAGGAGAAAUUCACUGA